UGGAGUAAAGUCAGUAAACUAAGAAAAAACGAUCGUCUUCUCUAUCUUUGCCACCUUAGAUCGCAGUUAUGUUGGCUUCUCCGUCUCCGCUUCGUCCCUCUUUCCCUCCCUUUCCGAAGCGAGACCGAAGACCUCCGGCGAGAAGCAUCAACGGAAGCGUUACCCCUUCACUUCCCGUGCCACUCCUCGCCUUCCACCGGCUACUCUCGUCGGGCGACCUCGAUCCCGACGAUCUCACCUUAUCCUCCCUCUUAGAAUCCUGCCGCGACCGCCACGCUGCCGAGGAAGGCCGGCAGAUUCACGCACUGGCCGUCAAAAGAGGCUUCGCUGCUUCCUCCGUCCUGGUCCAGCGAUCUCUCCUCCGUACGUACGCCAAGCUCCUCUCCGUCGACGACGCCCUCAAACUGUUCGACCGAUGCUGCCAUCCGGACCUCGUUUCUUGCAACGAUUUGAUCCUCGGCUUGUGCAGAAGCGGCGAUCUGGAGGCUGCGCGAGUGAUUUUUGACGUGAUGGAAGAGAAAAAUGUGGUUUCUUGGAGCCUUAUGGUGGAUGGCUACGCCAGGAAUGGCCUGUUGGAUCUUGCCCAGGAUCUGUUCGACGCAAUGCCUGUGAGAAACCAGUUCUCCUGGAAUUCCUUGAUUUCUGGCUACUUAAGACACGGUCGCGUGGAGGCCGCCCGAGCGAUCUUCGAUCGGAUAGGGGAUCGACUGGGGGUUGUCACUUGGACAGCAAUGGUUUCAGGCCAUGUGCAGAAUUCACAGUAUAAGGAGGCACUGGAAGUUUUCCACCAAAUGCAAGUUGCAGGAGUGGUGCCCAACAAAGUCACAAUUGUGAGCAUUCUUCCCGCGGUCACCGAGCUUGGAGCUCUGAGUCAUGGCCGGUCGAUCCAUGCUUGCUUGUACAAGAUGGACAUAGAAGUCGAUUCAGUUCUUGGUUCUGCUCUAGUGGACAUGUACUCCAAUUGUGGCUGCCUUGAGGAAUCUCUUGUUGUGUUUAAGAAGCUUAAUCACAAGGAAUUAUCAGCUUGGAAUUCUGCCAUCUCUGGUCUUGCAGCUCAUGGUCGCGGAGCGGAUGCACUCCGCGUCUUUUACACGAUGCAGAACGACUUCAAAAUGCUUCCAAACGAAAUCACAUUUACAGCUGUUCUUACUGCUUGCAGGCAUGCGGGUCUAACAGAGGAGGGACGCAGAAUGUUUUCUCUCUUUGCGGAACAUUACAAGUUGAAACCCAACAUAAGACACUUUGGAUGCAUGAUUGAUCUUUUGGCGCGCGGCGGGUAUCUGAAAGAGGCUUUAGAGUUUGCGGAAUCGAUGCCAAUGAAACCGAACUCGAUUAUUUGGAAGACACUGAUCAAUGCUUGUAGAAUUCACAAGAAUGUAGGCAUGGCUGAUCAUGUAUGGUCAAAAGUAAUUGAAUUGGGUGGUCCUCAAGACAGCGGAUUCUACACUAUGAUAUCUAACAUCUACAAGGAUGCCGGUCGAGCCGGAGAUGCAAGUAAAGUGAGGAUGCAGAUGAAUGAUUUGCAGGUGAAAAAGGUUGCAGGUUGUAGUUGGAUCGAAUCGGAUGGCAUCGUUCAUGAGUUCUUGAUGGAUGGAACGAGCUUUCAUGCUCGAGGCUCUGAUAUUCUUGAAGUCUUGCAUCAAAUGCGGGAACUGAUGAAGUUCGACGACUCUAACUCAGAGGAUGCAUGUCUAAUUCUUCAUUCUUGCCUGUCUUAACAAAAUAACAAGGUUGUCUCACUGAGGGUCUGCUUGGGGGGACCCUAAACCCUACAUGGAGAGUACAAUUAGAACCCUAAUCUUUAUUAUGUGUUUGUGUGUAUAUAGAUUUUUUUUUUUUUUUGAUAAUUCAAGUAUCCCGUUCUGAUGAUA